AUGGCCAACUCCGCAGAGCGCAUGGCAGCGCACACGCAGCUCCUCAAAACAUACCUCCCAGCACAGGACAAGCCUAUCACAGAGGUUGCCAUAUUUGAGUUGAAACAUCCUCAGUCCCCCGAGACUCUGCGCAAUUUCGAGCAACGCAUAAUCGCCAACUGUCAAGACGGCAAGGGAAUCAAGCGCAUGGCCUGGGGCUUCUCGCUCACAGAUGAGAAGAAGCUGGUAUGGAUGCUCGACUGGGACAAGAUUCAGGAUCAUUGGGACUUUUGGCAAACGCCCGCUUUCACGCCCGUCAUCCAGGCCAUCGAGGAUUUGUUUGUCGAGGGUCGGCCGCUGGUUCGCCAUUACGAGUUUGACCCGCCCGGGAUGUUGAAUCAAGAGUACCAGCGAGUCCUCAUAUGGAACCAGGAGAAUCGUGACAUCGCCGCUGAGCAAGUCCUCAAGUCCAACGGACCGACAACGACCAGUACUAGCAUAGCUUCCAAUGGUGCCUAUGCUGUCGACAUGGAUGAGGAUACAUGGUGGUGCAGCAACUUCGGUUAUACUAGCGAAGCAGAAGUUAGGAAGGACAGUGUGCAAGACAAGGGAGAAGCUGGCAUUUUCAAGUUGAAAUUCUCUGAUACAAAAUAG